AAUUUUUAAUUGCCAAUUCAAAUUUGUGUUCUAGAAAUGGAUGACGACUUUGAUGUUGAAAGACUGCUAGAUGAAGCCUUUAGUGGCGAUAAAAAGAACGGCGAUGUUAAAAAAGGCGAGAAAAAACGAACAAAGAAAAGGAGUAGUAGCAGGGAUAGGAAUCGUGACAGAAAAGGCAGUAGAGACAGAAGCAAGCGAAGUAGAUCGGGGAAGAAGUCGCCCAAGCGGAGGUCACGUUCAAGAGAACGAAGAAGCCCUAGAAGAGAUAAAAUUGUGCCCAAGUCAAGUAAACAUGAGAGGGAUCGCAGUCCUCGGCGUCGUUCUAGAACUCCUCCAAAAUAUGACCCUCGAAUUUAUGAUCCGAAGGGAAGAGCAAUAUCCAAAAGUCCUUCUCGUCGUAGACGAUCAAGAUCUCCAAGUCCGUGGAGGAGGAAACCAGAUGUAAUCCAAUUGACUCAAGAAGAUCGAGACGUCAGAACAGUGUUUUGCAUGCAGUUGGCAGCCAAUAUAACUCCCCGUGACUUAGAGAAAGCUUUUGCAUGUGUCGGAACAGUGCAAGAUGUGCGGCUCAUUGGUGACAAACAUGGCAGACGAUCGAAGGGAAUUGCCUAUGUAGAGUUUCUGGAAAUUGAAUCUGUUCAGAAGGCUAUUGGAAUGACUGGGAAGAAAGUCUUGGGAGUUCCCAUAAUUGUGCAACCGAGUCAAGCAGAGAAAAACAGAGUCAUCAACCAGAGUCAAACGUUCGUCGGAGGAACGGGAACAUCAGUGUUCGGCUCUAUGACUGGACCUACCAGGCUAUUUGUGGGAUCUUUACACGAGAACAUAACUGAAACUAUGUUGGAAAAUCUGUUCAAGCCUUAUGGGAAUUUAGAGAAAAUCGAGCUGGUCAGAGACCCAGAAAGUGGAACCUCGAAAGGAUACGCAUUUGCUACGUUUAACGACAGUGAGUGUGGUAAAAAAGCAAUGGAGCAGCUGAACGGAUUCGAGCUGGCAGGCAGGCCUAUGAAGGUGAAUGCUGUCAUAGCCAGACAGGAAGUGGCCAAUCCAAUGCACUCACUGGACACGGAGGACGCUGAGAGAACAGGGGUGGAGCUAGGUCAGACCGGACGAUUGGGCUUGAUGGCUAAAUUAGCCGAAGGGACUGGGUUUAAAAUCCCCAAAAGUGCAGAAGCCGCUUUGACCAUGAGAGAGAAACAAAUUCAAGCACAACUGGACGCCAGCAAAGCAGCAGCCACAGCAGCCGGACACUUCAACUCAACCCCCUCGGGAGGAGGUAGUAGCAGUGGACCGGGUACUCCGAACUCGAACUUCAAUUCUUCCUCAUCAUCCGCUAAUCCGCACGAAGGCAAGAGUCAGUGCUUCCUGUUGCAGAACAUGUUCAACCCUCAGCUUGAACACCAGCCAGGGUGGGACGAAGAGAUACGCGAUGACGUGUUGGAAGCAUUGGCUCCCCACGGAGGGGCAGUGCACCUGUAUAUAGACAGACAGAACCCCCUCGGAAACAUUUACAUCAAGGCCCCUGAGCUGAAGAACGCAGAGAGUGCAAUCAAGAGCCUCAAUGGAAGAUACUUCUCAGGAAGGCAGGUCAAAGCUGCAUAUAUUCCACUCGCCAACUACAGUAAAAUAUUCCCGCAAUCAGUCAAUGCCACAGACACACUACUCAUCAAGAGGAAAUCGAGCUUCCGCUGAAAGAGGAAGUUGAUCCAGAUCCAUUGAAUGAGAAAUUUUCAACUAGAUUGAUAGAUAUAAUUUUACUGCAGUGUCUGUUUUGUUAUCUUCAUUUAAAAAUACUAUCAUGUUUUUUUUUAUCACAUUGAAUUAUUCAAAUACACCA